GUUCCUCAACGCCAAGGUAGGAUGCCAGAUCUGGCUCAGCCAUAUGGCAACCGUCCACGGCGUCCAGGUCUUCGACCUGCACAAGAAGGUCUCCCGGGAGGAUCUGACAAAGGAAUGGAAGAAACGGUUCAUCGUUGACGACGCCCCGACGCUCGCCAUCAACCGCAUCUUCACGAUGGCUCAAGGAAACACAGCGACACGUGAUUGGCUCGCGGAUUGGCAGAAGAUCGUGGCGACGCCCGAUUUGGACUUACCAUUUCCGCAUCUGCGCCGGGAGUUCUACAACCGGUCAUGCGCCGCUUUGAGCCUCGCACUUGGUGAUCACGAGCAGUACAACACCUUCGCUGAAAUCAUCAACAAGGCGAGGGAGAUCAUCAAGAUAAACAGGGCAGCUGCACAUGAGAAAUCAGCAUGGCAGCCAACCUAUGUGGAGAAGGUGAGAACUGGUCCGCGACCGCAGCAUGUCGCUGCAGUCCAAUCGGACAACAUUGUGGAAGACCCGGCAGCCAACCAAGCGUCACGUGAAGGAGAUCAUGUGGCUGCUGUCCAGCCGCGAAGCAACAACAAGUCCCGGACAGCCAGCACCAUGGGUCAAGUUUCACUUGACCGAGGCGGAACACAAGUGGCACGGCCACUACGGCUGCUGCUAUUGAUGCAACAACACCAAGCACAAGAACUCCCAAUGCCCGGAUCAAGGCAAGGAGGAUCUUCAGCCUCGUAUCAACUCGGAAAACUGAGUUCCGCGGGAGGUGAGGUGACUCCACCUCUCACUCCGCCAGAUUCGGCCUCCUUGCUAGCUGCCUCCUACACAUCUGGGGAGGAUGCGAAUGUCGCAAGUCCUCGGUACACUUACGAGGACUACGCUGUCCACUUGGUCCCACCAUUGGACCAACCGCUCCACGUGCAACAAUCUACCGCAUGUACGGUUUCAUCACCAUCGACAACCGAUUCGGCAGCAUCGCCGCCAUCUACCGUCGGGGAUUCAACGUCAUGGUCAAGACUUGAAGAGCUCGACCCAUUGACAUUUGCGGACUUCCAAUGGAUGCCACUUCCCCGGUCCGGUCGAUUGCCGAAACCACAUUGCAACGUGCUCAUGGCACAAUUGCGGGAUAACUUGCACACUGCAGUACCAACUCCGUUGAUGGACGCCGGAGUAGAGGUUGUCGACCUUCAAGCCUACAUUGCGAAGAUCGACCGCGAGUUCAAGACACAACGGUACGACGACAUCGACGCACCAUUGUUAUAUGUACGCAUUCAUAUCGGAGAGGCGACCUGCAGCGCUUUGAUCGAUUGUGGAGCAUCUCGCAACUACAUGAGCCAGGACUUUAUGGUACGCGCCGGCCUUGGCCCACGUGUCCGGAGGAAGUCCCAGCCUACGCAAGUCACGUUGGCAGACGGUCACACGCACAAGUCAAUAGACCGGUGCAUAGAUGACGUCCCCGUGUACUUUGCCCUGCACGCAAGCAAGGCGGUGUCCUUCGAUAUCUUGGACACCAAAUUCGACAUGAUCUUGGGCAUGUCAUGGCUGCGAAGCGAGGAUCACCCGGUGAACUUCUACCGCCACACCGUUCACAUUCGUGAUCGAAACGGAGUACUAGUCCCAUGCACGGUAGCUCCUCCUCACCCUUCGAUCAGCUGCCACGUGGUGUCCGCCGCAAGCAUGCGAGUUUCCAUCAUCAGAGAUGACAUCGAGGAGAUGGGGGUGUGUUUUCUCCACGCCCUCCCGCCCCAUGACGCUUCAUCGACGGACUCAUCUUCAGACCCUCGCAUCACCGAGCUUCUCGACGCCUACGGCGACGUGUUCACAGGCCCGCACGGAGUAGUGCCGGAUCGGCCCAUCCACCACGAGAUCAUCCUCGAGGACGGGGCCGUACCUCCACGCGGUUGCAUCUACCGAAUGAGCGAGGAAGAGUUAAGUGUGCUACGGGCACAACUCGACGACCUUAUGGAGAAAGGCUGGAUUCGACCUAACUCAUCGCCAUACGGUGCUCCUGUUCUCUUCGUCCGGAAGAAGAACAAGGAUUUGCGGUUGUGCAUCGAUUAUCGCAAGCUCAACGCGCAUACGAUCAGAAACGCCGACCCUCUUCCACGCAUCGACGACCUUCUCGAAUGGCCGGGCGGCGCCAAGUUCUUCUCCAAGCUUGACCUCAAGUCGGGAUAUCACCGACUCGAGAUUCGGCAGGAGGACCGCUACAAGACCGCGUUUAAGACGCGAUGUGGGCAUUUCGAAUGGCUGGUUAUGCCAUUUGGCCUUACGAAUGCCCCGACCACUUUCCAAGCGGCUAUGACAACGGAGACCCAACACAUGCUGGAUCGAUUUGUACUUAUCUACCUCGACGACAUCCUGGUGUACAGCCGGAGUUUGAACGAGCAUGUGGAACACCUGCGCACCGUUUUGGAGCGGCUACGACAAGCCAACCACAACAAAUGCGAAUUCGCGCGGCAGGAGCCGAAGUACUCGGGACAUUAUGUAACGCCGCAAUGCAUCCGUCCGCUUGCGGACAAGAUCAAGGCCCUCCGCGUAUGGCCCGAGCCCACCAACACCACGAACGUUCGUUCAUUCAUGGGGUUGGCGGGCUACUAUCAACGAUUCAUCACCGGAUACUCAAGGAUUGGUGCACCUAUAAAAGAUUACAAUCGCCAAAGUUUGUCGACGAAGCAAGCCCCGCAAUCGCAAUCCCUACGGCGAGUUGCGCCCGAUGCCUAUCCCACGGGAACCCGGGAACCCGGCCUCUCCAUUGCCAUGGAUGUCACCGGACCAUUUCCCUGCGAUCGCCUCGGGCACGACGGCAUCCUCACGGUUGUGGACCGUUUGAGUAAGUAUGCGCGUUUUCUCCCUUGCAAGUACUACUCCACGGCUCCCGAGCUGGCACGCCUCUUGCACACCGGUUGGAUUUGUGGCCACGGUGUACCAGAAGACAUAGUAAGCGACCGCGGCACUCGCUUCAUGUCCGCAUUUUGGACUGCUCUCAUGCAGGAGUCCGGCACGAAGAUGAAACCGAGUUCGGCUCGGCAUCCACAUACGGACGGGCAAACGGAGCGGGCAUGUCAAACCGCUCAAAUGAUGCUUCGUACGCUCAUCCAUUCGAACCAGAAAGAUUGGGUUGACCGCCUCCCCGACAUCGAGUUCCCCUACAACACUUCGGUGCACCCGACGAUCGGCGUGACUCCAUUCGAGUUGCACCAAGGUGGACGGAAAGGCCGUAUCUUCGCCGACCUUCUCCUCCCACGACCAGCCGACAUCGACGCCACUUGCUCUCCCGCUUCCGUCCGGAAGUACAGGGAAUUGCUGGCUCAAGCCCGCGGGAACAUGCAAAAGGCUCAAGUCCGCAUGCAGCAACAAGCCAACAGGCGUCGCGUGCCACGUCCCAUCCACGCCGGUGAUCUAGUUUGGGUCUCCGCGGAAGAGUAUGCACUGGAACAGGAUGUUUCACGCAAACUGCUUCCCAAGUGGUUUGGACCAUGGCCCGUAACAUCAGCCGCGGGCGAUGAGCCCAAUGGCCCUUCAUUUGUGAUCAUCAUCCCUUCGCAUCUGAUGGUCCAUCCAGUCUUUCACGCCUCGAAGCUGGCAACAUAUACACCAGCUAAGAGCGACGACUUCCCGGGCCGACGAUCACAGGACCCUCCAUAUAUGGAUGGUCAUCAGGAAGUUGACCGCGUCAUCACGGAUCGCAAGUAUGGCAGCAAACCUCGCCAAUACAAAGUUACAUUCAGAGCAUGCGAUCCCGACGACACUCGGUGGAUUUCAGGAACAUAUUUGAAAGCAUCCGCACCGCUGAUCUACUCUCACUACGAGCGACAAAGGCCACGUCAGCACGACACGUUAGCAGGCCAUGUCAGCCGACAACAGUACCACGUCAGCAGGCCCCCGGCCUGGUCUAUGCUGUUGCGUUCACAAACAGCCGUCAUGGACCAGAGGUCCGGGGAAACAGACGAGGCCUAUCAAGCCCGGAUGCUGGCCUGGAGUACCGAAACCAAGAGACGGGCGGAUGCCGCAGCAACACCAGCGAAGAAGAAGGCAGAGGACGCCGAGCAGGCACGUCUACUGGCACUUGAACAGCAGCGCCAACACGACGAGGCAGCAGCAAAGGCUGCUGAUGAAGAACGAGUUCGACGGCGGGAAAAGAUAUUUAGCGGAGAGCAAACUUUGCUCACAAUGGCAACGGAUUGGCGGGCCGAGGCCGAGAAAGGCAAGAUGGAGGAUAGCGAAAACAAGAUCGCUCUACUCCUCUCCCAUCUGACGGACCUCCUGGCAACAUGCAUUACACAGCAGGAGGACAUCCACAGCCUCGACGACGCGCUGACUCAAGUCCACGCGCGCCUCCGGCAGCUGGAGCAGCGACCUGUUGCCAACCCCGAUGCCAACUCUUCCAACACCUCCGAUCGGCUCGAAGCAUUGGAGAUGGACGUCGGCUCCCUCAAGGACGGCGUGCAGUUACAGCAGACCGCAACGCAACAGUUGGAGCAACGGAUCUGUACUACGGCCAACAACUCGAGUUCGAAACCACGCGAGACAACUCCAAAGUUUGACGGGCAGGAGAUCUUCUGCGACUCGACGAAGACAGAUCCGAUUCCAUGGUUCCACAAGUUCGAGCUCACGCUGCAGCUACACUACGUCAACGAACACAAGCACCACGCGUACUUAUACUCCCGGUCGAGGGUCGCGUGCCAGGCAUGGUUGGACAAUCUCUUGUCCAAGUACGGAGUAGUAGCUGCAGACUUGCAUACCAAGAUCAGUUGGGAUGAUCUGAAGGCGGCGUGGCACAAGCGGUUCCAAGUAGAGCCCUCGGAGAUCAAAGCUAUGGACAAGCUAAUAAUCUUUGAACAAGGCACGCUGCCGAGUGUCGACUGGAUUUCCGAGUACCGACGCUUGACAUCAGUUCCAGACAUCCAGAUGGGCUUCAAGGCCAUCCGUCACUAUUUCAUCUCAAGGUCAUAUCCGACACUAAGCAAUGCCCUGACUCACGUCCAGGACACCUUGACGACAACGGCGGAACUCUUUGACAAGGCCGCGCAGAUCAUUAUCACGAAUAAGGAGGCUAAGAACCUACGUUCGUCUGCGCCAGGCCCGAGCAGAGCCCAGCAUCGGCCAAGAGUGGCCGUGGUCACGGCGACAACGUCGUUUGACCAAUCUAGCGAGGCCGUGUCUGCCAAUGAAGGGGACAGACUCGCAGCCGCCCGGGGAGGUGGCCGCCCCGACAAAGGCAACCGCUUCUUCACGAAGAUCGAUCUUCGUAGCGGUUACCACCAGAUCCGCGUUGCCGCAGAGGACCAUCCGAAGACUGCCUUCCGAUCGCGCUUCGGCCACUACGAGUUCACGGUGAUGUCAUUCGGCCUCACCAAUGCACCCACCACCUUCCAGACGGCGAUGAACGACAUCUUCAGGGACAUCCUUGAAGAAUAUGUUCUCGUACACCUGGACGACAUCCUGGUCUACAGUCGUACCUUAGAAGACCAUAUCAGACACCUCCGCGAUGUUCUACAGCGCUUACGCAAGCAUGGCUUCUAUGCCAAGCUCAUCUACUUCGGAGCUGCGCUGUCCUUUCCAGCUCCAUCUCUAUCUCCUCCUUCGUCCACCCUUCUUCUCCAUCCUGUCGGACCGCCAUCCCGGCGCGUCCGGCACAGUACUGGUGUAUUUCGCACCUCAUGCAUGCGAACCGUGACGUUCGACAUUUUGGACACGGACUUCGACAUCAUUCUGGGAAUGCCUUGGCUUGCAAGUGCGGAUCACACGGUUAACUUCCACCGGCGGACUCUUAGCGUUCGCGAUGCCUUCGGCGCCGAAGUGGCGUGUACUAUUCCUCUUCCGCACACUUCAAUUCGGUGCCAAGUGGUGAUGGCCAAAUCAUUCCGGGCGACUUGCGCUUACGAGAAGCCCGAGGAAAUCGGCCUAUGUUUCCUACGGACUCUCGCGGUAGCCGACUCUUCACCCACGGACUUGUCUUCGGACCCCCGGGUGGUGCGGUUGCUGGACGAGUUCGUCGACAUCUUCGAGUCACCUACCGGUGCGGUGCCGGAUCGGCCGAUCUCUCACAAGAUCAUUCUUGAGGCCGGUGCCGUGCUGCCGAAAGGUUGCAUCUAUCGGAUGAGCGAGGAGGAGCUUGACGUCCUCCGUGCACAACUCGACGACUUGUUGGCCAAGGGCUGGAUCCGCCCUAGUAGCUCCCCAUAUGGAGCACCAGUUCUCUUCGUCCGGAAGAAGAACAAGGAUCUACGAUUGUGUAUCGACUACCUCAAGCUCAACGCGCAAACCGUCAAGAAUGCGGGGCCUCUUCCUCGCAUCGACGAUCUUCUUGAGAAAUUGGGCGGCGCAAAGUAUUUUUCUAAGUCGGAUUUGAAGUCGGGAUAUCAUCAAAUCUCAAUUCGGUCGAACGAUCGCUACAAAUCCACGUUCAAGACGCGGUACGGGCAUUUUGAGUGGGUGGUUAUGCCUUUUGGCCUCAACAAUGCCCCGACGACCUUUCAAGCGGCAAUGACCAACGAGUUCCGUGCAAUGUUGGACCGGUUUGUGCUGGUCUACUUAGACGAUAUUCUCGUCUAUAGCCAGACAUUGGAGGAUCAUCUUGGGCAUCUUCGACGAGUGUUGGAGACGCUCCGCCGCGCCAAGUACAAGGCCAACCGCGACAAGUGCGAAUUUGUCCGGCAAGAGCUAGAAUACUUGGGCCAUUUUGUCACACCGGAGGGCAUCAGUCCGCUAUCAUACAAGAUUCAACCCAUCCAAGAGUGGCCGGAGCCUCGGAACAUCACGGAUUUCCGUUCGUUCCUUGGCCUCGCCGACUACUAUCAGCGUUUCAUCAAAGGCUACUUGAAGAUCGCGGCCCACUUGACCAAGCUUCAAUGUGAGGAUCGGUCGUUUGACUUCGGAGAGGAGGCAUGGGAAUCAUUUUUGGCUCUCAAGGCCAUGCUAUUAUCAGCGGAGGUCUUGCGCAUAUACGACCCGCUUUUGCCUACGCGCGUCACUACGGAUGUGUCCGGCUAUGGCAUUGGUGUCGUCCUCGAGCAACACGAUGGUGUGGAUUGGCACCCGGUCGAGUAUUUCAGCAAGAAAGUGCCCUCAUGCACUCCAUUGACGAUCCACGCAAGAAGGAGCUCCUCGCCUUCGUCCACACGCUCAAGCGGUGGCGGCACUUCCUCCUUGGUCGAAGCCAAUUCCGAUGGGUAACGGACAACAAUCCAUUGGUCUUCUAUAAAACCCAAGACACCGUCAACAACACCAUCGCUCAAUCACAUUCCUGGGAAGUAGAACCGUUUUGCGGAUGCUCUUCCAUUGGUCUUCUAUGAGACCCAAGACACUGUCAACAAUCCAUGGGCUUUCAUCGACCAAUUCGUCUUCUUUCCCGAUCACAUUCCUGGGAAGUCGAACCGUUUUGCAGAUGCUCUUUCACGG